AUGGAUAACGCUUUGCCGCUGGAAGUGGAGCUGGAGCACCAGUGGCUACUCAACACCUCCCUGAACGAGUCCUUCACGAACCAGUUCGUGCAGCCCCCGUGGCAGGUGGCCCUGUGGGCUGUCGCCUACGCCCUCAUCGUAGUGGUGUCGGUGGUAGGUAACGUGGUGGUGAUGUGGAUCAUCCUGGCUCACAAGAGGAUGCGUACGGUCACCAACUACUUCUUGGUGAACCUGGCUUUUGCCGAAGCCUCCAUGUCCGCUUUCAACACGGUGGUGAACUUCACCUACGCCAUCCACAACGAGUGGUACUACGGGCUGCUCUACUGCAAGUUUCACAACUUCUUCCCCAUCGCCGCUGUCUUCGCCAGCAUCUACUCCAUGACGGCCAUCGCCCUGGACAG